AUGAAUGUUUUUUUUUACGGGUAUGUUCAUGCAUGGACAAACUUAAAGGAAUUUGUUGAUCAGUUCGAUAAUACGUUGAGGAAGAAGAUUGAGAGUGAAAAUGCAGCAGACUCCCACUCAUUCAAUGAAACAAUUCCCAUGGUCUCUAUCUCUCUACUUGAGAAGACAUUUCAGCAGUUGUACGCAAACUCUAAGUUUAGAGAAGUUCAGAAAGAGCUGUAUGGGAGAAAUAGCCAAGUUGUUGAUACGUGGAGGAAUUUAUUUAGCCAAACGGUCGAUGGGACUCAAGAGAUCAUUCUCGUUCAGGAAAAGUUGGAGAAGAAGAAGGCUGAAUAUGUGGACAAAAUGAAAAUCAAAGUAGCUAUGAUACACAAGGCAACAAAAGAAAAGAGGGCAAUGACUGAAGCUGAACGUGGGGAAGAUCUUCUCAAGGCAGAGGAAAUGGCUGCAAAAUACUAG